GUUAGAAUGUUCUGAAGGUGCAGUUGUACCACGUAGCCACUGUAAUGCUAGUAUGUGCCUGGGCACAUUGCCUAAAUGCUGCUUUCUGGGUGAUGGGCCUCUUGAUAUUAGCCCCAUGCACCAGUUCUGACCAUGAAAUGCUGUAGCCUCAUCGAUACAAAGUGGAAAAUGUCGUUAUAUUUUGUUUUAAGUGGGUGUUUGUGUGGGGAGGGGGAUUUUGAUAUGGGGAUGAAUAUGACAGCUAGCUAGGGGAAAGGAGGAGAAAGAAAUGGGAUUUUAACAUUUCCUCCAUUUAUCCCUGUAAUGCCAUGACAUUAUCUUGCUGCUGCUUAUAAAAUCUAAAUAGGGAAUUACUCAUUGCUACGCACCUUAAAUUUUUAUAAUGGAAUCAAGGUGGCAUUUAGCCUGCACAUUGUUCUUGAAAGGGUAGACAGGCUCUUGGAGAUAAAUGCAAGGGAUCUUAAAAAUCCAGAAAACACAGUAAUCCAGCCAAAAUGCUUAGUAACAACUAUUGCUAAAUGCUCAAACUGGGGUGUACCAGGGUAGGAACACUUUCCCCAACAUUUUCCCCACUGUUGUAACUUUCUGGUGGAAGUUACUGUUCACAGUGAGAUGAUAAUUUGUAAAGCUUCAAUUGUUUUAAAAUAAACAAAUAAAUCAAGAUUAACUGUAGUCUAACAGUAAUAAGCUAUACCAGGCUGUGCAUUAGUGUGGCGGUGCUUUGAUAGCAGACUGCUAAUGCACAGCUUGCUUAUAUUUGUUAUGGUAAUGCAGCCCCGUUUGGAAGGUUUUUUUUUAAAGCUAGUUCAUCUUUUUCAUCCCUCUGGCUUUCUUUUAUGAGAUUAUUCUGCAUUGUGGCUCUGUACUCUUACUGUUUUUGUUUAUCUGAACUAUAUUGUUAAUCAUUAGUGUAAUGACUCGGGCCAGGAUUUUCUUGGAGUGUUCAGUGCUGCUCUAGUCCUUCCCUUGUCCUUUGAAAUCCAAGGAGCAGAUGGGCUGAGGCAGAACACUCCUUCAGAUCCUACCCUGAAAGUUAUUAAUGCCCUUCCAAGGUUUAAGGUUGACAGUAGAGAUUGAAGUUCUUUUGCGUACAAAACAGGUACAGCACAGACAGCGGAAGGGAAAAUUUCCUCCCAUUACCUUAUUCUUCAUGGAGUGGUUACUUCCCAAAUUGGGAACAUAGGUCAUACUCAGGCAUGUUCACUUUCAACUGUGGUGGUGAUACUUGCUGUACACAACUACUUGCUAGUAAUUGCGCAUAGACCACCCAUUUAUUUCUCAAUUUAUAGUUGCGAAUUAAUUUGGGAAUAACUUAAAACACAACUAAAUUUAGUCAGAUUCUGCUAAUGGACAGGUGAAAGAUUCUGUAUCGGACCACCAGUCCUCUGAGCCAUCCAUUCCCAGCAGGGGAAGAGGGAGGGGAACCCUGGAUUUCUAAGUGUGUUGUCAAAAUGUAGAUUUUUCUUAUUAAGAUACUACCACAGCAGGAAAAGAAUGCAGAAGUUAUACCCGUACCAAGGGUUUCCACUUUUCCAGUGUAACUAAGUUUUCUAAAAAAUACAUAACUGGUCUUUUAACUAAAACUAAUUUUUACAGGCUUUUUGUGUCAUUUCGAGUCAUAAAUUUAUUUUCUGCCAACAACUUUUCCUUAUUUUUUCAUAGUUACUAGUGACUUGAUAUCUUGAGUAAUCAGUAUUUUAAUGUAGAAAACUGUAAAAUGUUUCUCAAAUGCAUUAAAACAAUCAUAAAUAGGAAUGCCUAUGAAAAAAUUAUUAAGGAUUGUGCAGUCAAGCUACAGACCCAUAUUUACACUGCAGUUUUCCCUUAACCACUGAGUUAUAUAGCGUGUAGGUCCUUUUCCCUCAGAAUGGCUGCUCAUUUCAUUUCAUUCAAGUGUUCUCAGCAGAUGUGUAUAUCCCUGCACUGCAGAGUCCCUCUGCUUUGGGAUUUGGGGAGUGGUGGGUUGGGAAAGUAAUUUGGUGGGGAGAAGGUGCCUAUUUUAGUCUCUCUCCAUGUUCUCCUGUGUCACUUAUAUUUGGUAGUUCACACAGCUUUCUAGGCAGUUGUAUACUACCAAUUAUAAAAAGCAGGUUUUAAUGACAUGAUGCCCCCAAACAGUUUAAAAAUCAUAGCCUAUGUGGUAUUUAAUACUGGCUCUUGAUACUGGAAAUACUUCUUGACAGAAAAUAAGCAGGAAGGCAGAUGCUCUAGGCUUAGUUGCUGGUUUUGUGUGAAGAAAAUCUUGCUAUAGCUAACUUUAUGAGGAGGGAGCUUUUGUGAUCUGCAUGUAUGUAUUAUAAAUCAUUCUAACCUUUGCAGAACCUGCACUUUGCUCACAUUUAAAAUGCUGCUUCUUGAAAGACCAUCCUGUAAUGAUGGAAUAUUUUACCAGAGAAUAUCAGCUGACAUGGGCUUUGCCCGAUUAUUUAAUUCACCUCUGAAGCCUUUAGCAGACUUGGAUCCAGUAGUUGUAACGUUCUGGUAUCGAGCUCCAGAGUUGCUUCUUGGGGCCAGGCAUUAUACCAAAGCUAUUGAUAUUUGGGCCAUAGGGUGUAUAUUUGCAGAGCUGCUAACGUCAGAACCAAUAUUCCAUUGUCGACAAGAAGAUAUCAAAACUAGUAACCCUUAUCACCAUGACCAGCUGGACAGAAUAUUCAAUGUAAUGGGAUUUCCUGCAGAUAAAGAUUGGGAAGACAUAAAAAAGAUGCCCGAACAUUCAACUUUAAUGAAAGACUUCCGGAGAAACACGUAUACCAACUGCAGCCUUAUCAAAUAUAUGGAAAAACAUAAAGUUAAACCAGAUAGUAAGGCAUUCCACUUGCUUCAGAAAUUGCUCACUAUGGAUCCAAUAAAGAGAAUUACCUCAGAACAGGCUAUGCAGGAUCCCUAUUUCUUAGAAGAUCCUCUUCCCACUUCCGAUGUUUUUGCAGGUUGUCAAAUCCCUUACCCAAAACGAGAAUUUUUAACAGAAGAAGAGCCAGAUGAUAAAGGAGAUAAAAAGAACCAGCAGCAGCAGCAGGGCAAUAACCAUACUAAUGGAACUGGUCACCCAGGGAACCAAGACAACAGUCACACACAGGGACCCCCACUGAAGAAAGUGAGAGUUGUUCCUCCUACCACUACCUCAGGUGGACUUAUUAUGACCUCAGACUAUCAGCGUUCCAACCCCCAUGCUGCCUACCCCAACCCCGGACCAAGCACAUCACAGCCACAGAGCAGCAUGGGAUAUUCAGCUACCUCCCAGCAGCCGCCACAGUACUCUCAUCAGACACAUCGGUACUGAGCUGCACCCCGAUACCGACAAUGCACUGCUGGUAAUGCUGCAGGACCGGCCGCACAGCUGCCUGCCUGGAACCUGGCUUGGGCCACGAGAAUGUACUGUACAACCUCACCUCCAACCUGUCCAAUCGCCACGAUCCACCCCCUUCCACAGAGCGGAGUAGUGGCUCCCAAAUUGUACCUGGUUUUGGGGUUAGACUUGAAAAGAAAGUGCUAGCACAGUUUGUGUUGUGGAUAUGCUACUUCUGUAGUUUACUUGACAUGGUUCAGACUGACCGAUGCAUUGUUUUCAGUGACAGUCUGUAGCAGUUGAAGCUGUGAAAUGUGCUAGGGGCAAGCAUUUUUGUUGUUGUAUGUGGUGAGUUCUCUUGGUGUAACAACUUUAUCUGACCAAUAGUACACAACAUCUUUGAACUGGUACUUGAAGCAUACAGUAUAUGUUACCAUGGCAAAAAAGCAAAGCAAACUAACCAUGACUCGGAGACAGUUUUGAUAGACGUUUAUUUUUAGUGACUUUUGUGGAUGGUUCAUUUUCCACCCAUAUCAAUGUUUUAUGACCGAUGCGAUUGCUACAAUGAGAUUUUUUUAGGAACAUGCAAACAUUUGCAUUCUUUUGCAGCAACUACAAAUGUCCCAAAGAUUAAUUUCCAACAUGAGUUCUUGGUUUUGUUUUUAAAUCUAUGACUUGACUGGUAUUAAAGCUGCUAUUUGAUAGUAAAAUAAGUAUGUUGUCAUUGAUAUAAACAUGUUUGGUUCAGCAAACAAACUAAACUGAUUGUCAUAGAGAGUGUUUUAUUUUUUCCUGUUGGUGUUACUGAUUUGUGAGCAUGCUUUGGGAAUAAAAAAGCAUGAGUGAUAUUUCCUAAAGAGGUGCGGCAUCCGUUCAGCUCUUUCGUCAUGAGUUUUGAGAACCAGCUUGGUGUAGUGGAUUUUAAAUUCUUUUCAGUUAAUGAUUAUCAUUUUGUUUUUAACGUUCGCACGUUGUUUAGGGGUGCCAUUCCUACAGCAGAGGAGCAAGGUAUUAGGAGAGCCUUAGAGUUUAUGAGGAAAAACUUGCAUACAAUGUACUGUAUCAAACUAUUUUACAUGAAUGACACAAGUAUUCUGAAUAAAAGAAAAAAUCAAACAUUGUUAAAACAAGGUGUUAUGUAAUAAAUUUAUUUUUCAUAAAUCUGCA